AUGCUGAAUAUUUUGGAAGAGUGCCUGCAAGAAAAAGAAGACAAAACAAGAAGUAUCAAUAUGGGACAAGGACCAGGGGGAAUAAGGAGAUUAAUGGGAUUGGCUUUACUGAUGUUUCUACAGGGGAUGAUGGAUUCCAAACUGAGUGACGCUACCAAAGUAUGUGGAAAGCAGGGUUUUAUGAACCGGAUCGUAGGGGGGGAGAACUCCCAGGAUGGUGAAUGGCCCUGGCAAGUCAGCAUCAAGAUGAAUGGGAAGCACCACUGUGGAGGGUCCCUCAUUGGAGAUCAGUGGCUUAUCACAGCCUCACACUGCUUCAAACAGUUCUGCACACCAUCCAAUUUCACAGUUCUGCUUGGAGCACUGAAACUCUCAGAUCCAGGUCCUCAUUCCAUCACAGUUGAUGUAAAGAAGAUCAUCCUCAACCCUACCUAUGAUGGGGAUGUGAGGAGUGGAGACAUUGCCCUGGUUCAGCUGGAGCAGCCAGUGAAAUUCUCCCAUCAGAUCAUCCCCAUCUGCGUCCCUGAUGCAAAUGUCACCUUUGCCCCAGGACACAAGUGCUGGGUCACUGGUUGGGGGGAUGUCCAAGCCAGAGAUCGGUACCAUACCUCUAAUGUACUAAAAAAGCUGGAAGUUCCCAUAAUAAGCACAAAUACCUGCAAUGCCCUCUACCGUCAGAACUCUGGACAUCCAAAGGACAGGAGGGACAUUAAGAAGGACAUGAUCUGUGCUGGCUUUGCUGCUGGGCGAGGGGACGCCUGCCAGGGUGAUUCAGGAGGCCCACUGGCCUGCCAGGUGAAAGACACCUGGCUCCUUGCAGGUGUGGUGAGCUGGGGAGAUGGAUGUGCACAGAAGAACCGUCCCGGUGUUUAUGCCCGUGUCACAUCAUACCAGACAUGGAUCCACAGUAUGAUACCAGAGCUGGCUUUCACAAGCACAAACACCAAAAGCCAUGGACCAACAGUGAACAACAAAAGUACCAUCAACAGUACAUCAACUGGCCAUUUUAGCCUCCUUUCCAUCUUCAUAGCUGGUGCUAUUUUGCUGCUAUUUUCUGAUGGUGGUGGUGGUAGUGAUGAUGAUGAUGAUGAUGCAAACUUUGGCACUUCACCUAAGCCUGCUGAACAUGGGUGCUACUAUUUUGUCUACAUAAGCAAUCACACUGUCACUGGACAUUGGAAAGUGGACCAUUGGACACUGAAGAAUGACAAAAAAUAUUAUUGCCUGGACACUGGAAAUGGAGAGAAUGAUGCCAGGCUCAUGUUUCACAUGUUGUCUCAGACCAUCAACUCUGCUGAUCCUCCUGGUGGCAGCCAGCAACCUUGUCCUGGCUGCCAGACAGAGAAAUCAGACAUGCCAGCUUUCACCAACCUGGUGCUCUCCAAUGAUGGUGGACGACAGCUUCCCUUGGCUUCAGCCAGCAUGGCCAAUGGUCAGAGCCAUGAGGAGCUGUGA